AUGAUGCAUCCAGAGGUUACCGCCAACGACGAGGACGGAGUCGAUUCUGCUGACGCUGGCCUACGUGAAAACAGCCUCAUUCUCUUGGACACCAUCACUGAGGAAGAGGAAGAAGAUCCGUCUUCGGGGUCUUUUGAUACCUGCGAAAAUAUCACCGUGCAGCAUCAUUGUUUGCCAGUCGAACAACCCAACUCUGAAACAGACUUGCUUGAAGCGCGCUACCUCACAAGGGCUUCACAUGGCAUGGAAUGGUACGUUGGUGAAACAAAUUUAGACUACAAUGAGCUGCAUAGUAGCUCAACAACCUGUGUGAAUCUGAGUAGGCCCUCUGCUCCUUCACAGGUCAUAACAGGCCUCUUCUUUCCACUGAAGUUGGCAGAGAUUGGAUUCUGUGAGACGCAAUUGCCGUUCGAAACUUAUAAAUAUUCCUCUUAUUCCUUUUACAUAAAUAUGAGCAGGAGGGGAUCUAAAAGUCUGCCAUCAGUAGCUCUACCAUCCGAUGCUCGUCCACUACGGCGAAUUAUGUCGUCGAGCAUUAGUUGUGGGAUUGAUGAAAGCUGCAGCUUGACCAACUCCAAAGCGCCGUCACCGACUCGGACCCAAUUAAACGAUGUCGUCGAAUGGGCUCUCUCGUCGCCGGGAGUAACUACGAUAACGGAAAAUCAGUGUGCUAGUUUGAACCCUCAUGGAGUGCCCUCCCCACUUGCUGCAGCGGUUACUUGUUCCAUGGACACCAAAAGUGGUAAUGGCUAUAUGUGUGACAGGGAAAUACUGGAGAUAGAGAUUGCAAAGAGCAAAAUGAAACGCUCACCUGCAGUGGAAGGUGUUAGUGUGCUGCUUCAGCGACCCUGCACUCCUCUGAAUGAUUUACCGUCAGAUCUGAUUGAACCACUGAGCAAUGGGAGUCCCGUGGAUGCAGAAUCGAUUUCAACUUCGGAGAGCUUAACUUCAUCUCUGUUAAGUCUCAGUCGGCAAGACUCGGAUAGCUCAACGAUGGUAUCACGACCGGUAUAUGACUAUGGUACAGAUGAGACGUUGCUAGAAAUAUUUAUGACCCCUGCUCUAGAUGGGAAGGAAAGUAGUGGAGAUAGGCCGGCUGACAUGCCUCUGAGCUGUACUGGGUCCACACACCAGCUCCCGAAACAAAUCCUAAAAUCAUUACCAUUCGGCAAUUCGGGCACGGGUCUUGUUUGGCGUGAUACGUGUGAGAAAAUUUCCAAUGUCGACAAUCAGAGCGGACUGUUGGAGGAUGACUCAGAUUUACCCUUUAUUGACAACGAGGAGUGGUAUUCUGAGGCUUGGUACAUUACGGCAAGCCAGCAGUUCUCCUGGCUUGACAGGGCACAAUUGGCGGAUUUCGAUGAGAUAACUUUAUACUAUGGUAAGCUCACAAUAAUUGAGUAUGUUUGA